UCCUACAUUACCUCCUAGGCCAAUUAGAAAUACCCCAGUAAUGAAUUCACCAUCAACAGUAGAGGAGAAAUUAGAGAAUUAUGAAUGGUAUUGGGGUGAUUUAUCACGAGAAGAUGUAAAUGAUAAAUUAAGAGAUACACCAGAUGGAACAUUUCUAGUUCGUAAUGCUACUACACCAGGAGAUUAUACCUUAACUUUAAGAAAGGGUGGAGGAAAUAAGCUUAUCAAGAUUUAUCACAAGGAUGGUAGAUAUGGAUUUGUGGAACCACUGGACUUUGACUCUGUUGUUGAUUUGAUAUCCUACUACCAACAAAACUCUCUAGCUAUUUAUAAUAAAACUUUAGAUAUUAAACUCUUAUUUCCUGUUGGCAAAAAUAUGGGCAUGGAUACAACGAUUAAUGAUGAUGUUAAAGAAGGUGUGGAGAAAUUAAAGCGAAUUAAUGCAGAAUAUGUGGAAAAAACUGGAUCUUAUGAUAAUCUUUACGAACAACAUUCCAAGACAUCCCUAGAAUUACAAUUAAAACAUCAAGCUUUUGAUGCUUUUAAAGAAACUUUACUGGUGUUUGAGGAGCAAAUGGACUUACAUAAAAGAAAUCAUAAAGAUGCACCCUCUUAUGAAAUCCAAAAACUUCACGAAAAUUUUGAGUUACUUAAAGCACGCUAUCUAGGAAUACAAGAAAGUAAGAGUGGUUUGGAAGUAGAAAUUAAUAGAAAAUCAAAUAAAAACAGAUCAUUAAUUAGUGAUAUGAACAGUAUGAAACCAGAAAUUAAAAGGCUUUAUAAACAACGAGAACAACUCAAAAAAUGGUUAAUAGACAAAGGCAAAGCAGCUGACUCUCUAGAUAAUAUGUUAGAAAACAGAUAUGAAAGUUCACCAUCAGAAUCCCACAUAGAAAAUUCACCACUGUUAAAUGAAUCGUAUUGGUUAGUUAACUGUGAAAGAGAAAAGGCAGAAGAAAUGUUACUGAAUAGAGCUGAUGGAACAUUUUUAAUAAGACCUAAGCCUGAUUGUCAUGUACUAUCUAUUGUGUAUCAUAAUUCUGUGGGACACUGUAAAAUAUAUUGUAAAGAUUCUGUGUAUGGUUUUGCUGAUCCUUAUUUUAUUUUUGCAACUUUGAAAGACCUUGUGGUGCAUUAUCAUAAAACCUCUUUAGCUGAGCAUAAUAAUGACUUGGAUGUGUCUUUAAAGGUUCCUGUUAAAGCACAAUUGCCUCAGGAUCCAGUAUACACUCGGAUGAAUAACAGUCCGGUCUAG